CAUUGUGGGACGCACAAGUGGCUCUCUGAGGAGUAGGGGAUGGUGAAAGAAAGGGUGGGGUCAGGGUUCAAACCAAAGGCUCCCAUCGGGACUCCCUCUGUGUUAUCAAAUUUGUUGAGGCACAAAUAGAGCUACAGUGUCAUGCCUGUUGACAUCUUAAGGGAAUAGCGCGGGGUUAUAGGACAGCAUUCUUCCUGUCAGAGCACCAGUGGGGUGGGAGUGGGAGAUAAACUCCCCGUCCUCUCCUUUACUCUGCAAACAGCCUCCAGCUCCUGCACCUAAUUGUUGUCCGCUUCCUCCACAAGCAGCCACGGUUUUGCCUUUAGGAGCUCUGACGCGAUCAUGGAACCGUCCCCAUUGCCUCAGAAUCAGUCAUCAGAGAACUGUGUGACGGCAGAGACCACCACAGAGAACCAGUUGUUUGGAUGGUUCUAUAUUGUGGUUUUUGUUCUGGCUCUUAGUGGCAACAGCUUGGCUCUUUGGAUUUUUUCCCGCCAGCGUGGCGUUUCCUCUCCGGCCAAUGUAUUCUUGAUUCACCUGGCAGUGGCGGACCUCUCGUAUGUCAUCAUCCUCCCUCUCAGAGCGACCUAUCACUUCACUGGGGGCCACUGGCCCUUGGGGGAGGUUCCCUGCAGGGUGGUGGGUUUUUUGUUUUAUGUCAACAUGUACGCCAGCCUGUACUUCUUAGCCUGCGUAGCAGCAGAUCGCUACCUGGCUGUGGUUCAUGCCGUGAGGUCAAUGAAGAUCCGACACGCUCGCUAUGCUCACAUAAUCAGCUUUUCUCUGUGGGUUUUGGUCACCAUAUCCAUGUCACCCCUGCUGGUCACCCAUCAGACCGCACAGAGGGACAACACAACAGUGUGUCUGCAGCUUUAUAGAGAAAAGGCCUCCCGCAAAGCCCUGAUCUCCCUAGCUGUGGCCUUCACACCACCUUUCCUUGCUACUCUGUCCUGUUACCUUCUCAUCAUCCACAGCCUCCACCGUGGCUCAAGGUUGGAGCCUGCUCUCAAGCUGAGGGCUCUGCGCACCAUCGGCGCCGUCAUGCUCAUCUAUUUGGUUUGUUUCCUACCUUAUCACAUGAGCAGAGCCACCUUCAUCCUGGGCUACAGCCACCCUGACGUCUCCUGCCAGACACGCCGAGCACUGAGCACAGCCAACCGCCUCACCUCCUUCCUCACCUGCCUUAACGGAGCCAUGGACCCUCUGGUCUACCUAUUUGGCGCUGAGAAAUUCCGCAGUGCGCUGAAGCGAGUCUUUUGCAAAGACAUCGGAGGGAUGUCUGCAGCCACAAGCGGCGAGUUAAAGGGAACACAUGAGAGCUCUGUGAGCGCCAAGUCUGAGUUCUGAAGAGACCGGUCAAAAGGAGGCUGAGCAUCAGUGUGCAGCCUGGGAUUCACAGAAGGAGCCAGAAUAGAUUCCUGGUGUAUAAACUGCACAUUCAGAGCUUACAAGCAAAAUCCACAUGUUGAGCAUUAACUUUGGGGAGUGGUCAGCCCCGUGUUUCACAACAAGGAAGCCCCAGUUAAAAUCCCAGCUGGGGCAUUUCUAGGUGGGGCAUUUCUCUGGGAACUCCGGCUUCCUCCCACAGCCCAAAAACAUGCUUCAUAGGUUGAUUUAUCACUCUAAGUUGUCCCUAGGUGUGAUUGUGAGUGUGUGUGGGUGUGUCAGUGUGUGGCCCGGCUGGCGACCUGUCCAGGGUGUACCCCACCCUUGCCAAACAGGUCAGGCUCUGGCAGCUCUGUGACCCCAAAAAGGAUACAGUGGGUAAAGAAAAGCAGUGAAUGGAUACGUACUAGACAUUUGUUUUUUCAAAAACAAUGUUUGAGAGGAUUUCGAUCAAGAGUUUUAAGGAACCCAAGGCCAAAUUUGUCAAACUUCCAAAAUUAGUUUUUGUGGCUUUGGAGCACGUUUUACUCUCUUUCAUGUACUUUUUCUACAAAAACCUUUAAUGUUGAAUCAGAACACUUUUUUAACCUUACACUUUCCAUGAGUACAUCAAGAAACAACAGCCAGCUAAUGGAAGUCAGCAAGAGCUUAAAAAAAUAUGAGAACUUUUCAUUCGGAGGCACAGACUUUCAGGGAUCAGCUCUAACGUAUGUGCAGCAGGAUUCCAGUGGAAGGACCAAAAGCUACAAAUGUGCCAUGAAAAAGAUUCACAGUAGGCUGGUUCUGAUGUCCUCAACUCCUGGGAUGUUCUACAGGUUCUGCAAUCAACUGACUAUACAUCUGAAGCAUUUGGACCACAGGAAAAUCGUUAUCAUUUAUAUGUGUAUUUUCUGUGUAAUAUGGUUAAUUUGGUGGUAACUUACUACUACCGCUAUUUGUUUCCUCCUUUUCCAGAAGAAAGUUUCAAUGAAAUUGUGGAUAAACUGGACUCUUACUGCACAAGUUGGAAUUUUGGACGUUUUGAGACUUCUGAUGAACUAAGAAAUCCAAAAUUUUAUUAAAUAUUUUUGCUGCGUGACCAAUGAUUUGAAGAUCCAAACAAGGCUAAGGACUCCUGAGGGUGAUUUAUAUAAUUACUAUACAACUGGAAUAAGUUCUCUCAAAAGAAAAGCAAACAACGUAAAGAGGCAAAACCUUUACAUUCACAAAUGUACCAUGUAAAUACAUUUAUCAGCAUCAAACUUUUUAGUUGCUUUGUUUUCCUUUAAAACAAUGCCGUUUUCACAUCAAAGCUUUGCUCAAGAAUAGUACUCAGAUCUGUAAAAUGUGAAUGUUUUGAUGUCAGUUUUUUGGAGUAAAACAGGUAAUGCUCUUUGA